CUUCUGCUUCGUCCAGCGAAACCCCUUCGCAGCAGACUGUCGCGGUCGUCUCAAUUCGCCCUGCUUCUCGGCUGGGAGACAAUAUAUAGCAGCGGGACCCGCAUACGGGGACUGGUCGGGCCAUCUAAUCCAUCAUGACAUCGCGGCAGGGUAUAGCCGCUCUCUGCCGUCGGUGGCGCAAUGCGUCGUAUACCAGUUUGCGACCUGUACAUCGAACGGGACAGUAUCCAAGCCGGCAUUUCUCGGCUUCAGGAGCUUUGGCUUUAUCCGCCCCUCCCGACCCCGAGCCUGGUAGCUCUACUGAUUCUACGUUUACGACUGUCUCCCCCGAUGAGGUAUCCCACUUCAAUGCUCUCGCAUCCUCCUGGUGGGACCCCCGAGGACCGUCUCGCAUCCUCCACCUUAUGAACCCGCUGCGCCAUGACUUCAUUCGCUCGUGUCGUGCCUCCGCCCUUGACUACCCCCUUCCCACAACCUCCGCGGCGCUCAAGUAUCUCGACAUAGGGUGCGGUGGAGGAAUCUUCGCCGAAUCUGCCGCCCGGUUAUCUACCACGGCCUCGGUGACAGCUAUCGACCCUAGCUCCGAGGUGCUGGCCGUUGCUAAGGCGCACGCGCGGCGGGACCCUGCGCUCCGGUCAAAGCUGACCUACCUGAAUACGUCUAUCGAGCAGUUUCCGGCCCCAGACACCCCUCAGGACGGGUACGACGUCGUGUCGAUCUUCGAAGUCAUCGAACACGUGUCGAACCCGUCCCAGUUCCUGGACCUGUGCGCGCCCUUCGUAAAACCGGGCGGGUGGCUGGUGCUCAGCACCAUCGCGCGGACCUGGAUGAGCUGGUUCACCACCAAUCUCGUGGCCGAGGACCUGCUCCGCAUCGUGCCAAAAGGUACGCACGACUGGAACAAGUACAUCAACGAAGGGGAGCUCAGGGAGUACUUCCUGCGGGAAAGGGCCGGCUGGUCAGAGUCGAGAUGCCUGGGCGUCGUUUACGUCCCGGGCCUCGGCUGGAAGGAGUGAUGCUGGUGCGAGGCUACGGCGGUAAGAGAAUAUAAUAAGUACAUGUAUUUUAGUAUAGGGUCGAUCGAAGCUCGAACCCAUGCUUUGCGCCAAUCCCCUCCUCCCAUUUCGAAUAUACCCAACAGCCCAUCUCCAAGGUUGGUGUCACUCCAGUUCCUUUCAACCAUCAUCUUUCGGGAAAACACUGAUUCGCAUACACGAGACGAAGGGUCAUGGAUCGUGGCUAAGACAAAAGCUCGCUCCAAAGUCCCUACCGUUGACGAUAGUAUCGUAUUCCCGGGCUUAC